CUUUUAGUUUCACUUUUCUCCUUUAUAAAUGUCGUUGCUAAAGUACCUCUCGUUUAGCUGCCUUAGCAGAAAAUAUUUGCUAAUGUUCUGUACUGCCAGAAAAUUGGAGGGGUAAAGUCCAUGUGCAAGAAGGGAUAAAUUAGUGGAUCCAGAUUCAGGACUGAGGAAGCCUAGUGCCCUUAACUUUCCUCUCAACUACUUUCUUCCCAAAGCAGAAGGAUUCCUGCUCCAGACAUAAGAGUACUGUGGAAAUGGCCUCAGAAAUCAACAUGCCAGGCCCAGUGUGCCUCAUCGAGAACUCUGAUCAGGAGUUGGUGGCCAACCAGGAAGCACUGGACAUCCUGUACUUUAUCAAGCAGCCUGUGGUGGUGGUAGCAAUCGUUGGCUCUUAUCGCACAGGAAAAUCCUACCUGAUGAACAAACUGGCUGGGAAGCAGAAAGGCUUCUCUUUGGGCUCCACAGAGCCGUCUCACACCAAAGGGAUCUGGAUGUGGUGUGUGCCUCAUCCUCAGAAACCAGGACACACUCUAGUUCUGCUGGAUACUGAGGGUCUUGGAGAUGUAGCGAAGGAAGACAACGAGAAUGACUGCUGGAUCUUUGCCUUGGCGGUCCUCCUCAGCAGCACCUUAAUCUACAACAGCCUAGAAGCCAUAAACCAGGAGGCCAUGGACCAAUUGCACUAUGUGACAGAGCUGGCUGAUCGAAUCAAAUCAAAGUCAACACCUGAGCAGUGCGGCAUAGAUGACUCAGCUAACUUUGUGAGCUUCUUUCCAAACUUUGUGUGGACUCUGAGGGAUUUCUCCCUGGAGCUGGAAGAUAAUGGAAAGCCUGUCUCUCCUGAUGAGUACCUGGAGAAUUCAUUGGCUCUGAAAAAAGAAACUGAUAAGACACCUAAAAAUUUAAAUGAUUCUCGGCUAUGCAUCAGGAAGUUCUUUCCAAAGAGGAAGUGCUUCGUCUUUGUCAGGCCUGCUCAGAAGAAGUAUCUUUCCAAACUAGAGACAAUUCCAGAGGAAGAUCUGAGUGAAGAAUUUGUAAAACAAGUUAGAGAAUUCACCUCAUACAUCUUCAGCUCUGCCAAUGUCAAGAUUCUGUCUGGUGGCAUCAUAGUCAAUGGGACACUUCUACAGAGCCUGGUAGCGACCUAUGUCAAUGCCAUCCGCAGUGGAGAACUACCCUGCGUGGAGAAUGCUGUUCUGGCUUUGGCCCAGAAAGAAAACUCAGCUGCAGUGCAAAAGGCCAUUGAGUACUAUGAAGACCAGGUGAACCAUAAGAUUCAGCUGCCUAUGGAAACCCUCCAGGAGCUGCUGGACUUGCUCAGGCCUAUUGAGAACAAGGCCAUUGAGAUCUUCAUGAAGAAUUCUUUCAAGGAUGUAGACCAAAAGUUCCAGAGGCAAUUAAACGACCUUCUAGAAGCCAGGCGAGAUGCAGUUGUUAAGAAAAACAUGGAUGUGUCAUCAGCUCAUUGCUCAGAUUUGCUGCAGGAUGUCUUUGGUCCCCUGGAAGAAGAAAUGAAACAGGGAACAUUUUCUAAACCAGGAGGUUACUAUUUAUUUCUUCAAAGGAAACAAGCGCUGGAGAAAAAUUAUAACCAGGCUCCUGGAAAGGGGCUUCAGGCUGAAAAGAUGCUGAAAAUGUACUUUGAGUCCAAGAAGAGUGUCACUGAAACACUUCUAAAGAUGGAUCAGUCACUCACAGAAAAGGAAAAGAAGAUUGAAGAGGAACGUAUAAAGGCUGAAGCUGCUGAGGCUGCAAACAGAGAACUGAAAGAAAUGCAAAAGAAGCAUCAGUUGAUGAUGGAAGAAAAGAAAAAGAGUUACAGGGAGCAUAUGAAGCAGCUGACUGAGAAGAUGCUGCAGGAGCAGGAACAGUUCAUUGCAGAGCAACAAAACCUUUUAUUCCCUAAAGUUAAGGCUUCAGGGUUGUUAAUAAAACAGUGUGUGAGCACUGAAGACCCUAGUUGCUUCAAUAUGUUUCCGUCUCUUGUAUUGGACACUAAACUUUUAGAAGAUGCACUAAAUUACUUGAAUGCCUGCCCUAAUUCUGAAUCUGGUAAUGACCUAAUUCUGAAUCUGGUAAACUUCGUUUUUUUUUUUUUUUUGCCAGUUUUAUCACUUUGUUGCAUGUGUUUGAUAGUCUACAGCACACAGAUCAGAGAUGAGGCAAGAAAGAGGGAAGCUAGCGUUGAUUUUACAGAAAAUUGUGCUUUCCAUGAGCCAAGAAAUCUGAGAAUUGGUAUCAGAGUUGUGGGUCACAGGUGUUUUAGAAACUGGUAGACAACUUUUCUAAAGCUGGAGAAAGCACAGGAAUUUUAUUGCCAUAUGAGGAGACGGGGGUAGAAAAUAUAGAAGUCGAUGAAGGAAACAAUUGUGGGAAAAAUUCAAAAUUCCCCCAGGGUUUAGUAUAACUUCCAAAGGAGAGCUUAUGAGACACAUGAGGA